UGAGCCAUCACUCUUAACUCCGGCUCGGGCUUUUGAGGCAUUCUUGGUCAAUUUGUGCUAGAAAGUCAAGCAUCGUUGAGCCAUCACUCUUAACUCCGGCUCGGGCUUUUGAGGCAUUCUUGGUCAAUUUGUGCUAGAAAGUCAAGCAUCGUUGAGCCAUCACUCUUAACUCCGGCUCGGGUUUUGAGGCAUUCUUGGUCAAUUUGUGCUAGAAAUCAAGCAUAGUUGAGCCAUCACUCUUAAAUCCGGCUCGGACUUUUGAGGCAUUCUUGGUCAAUUUGUGGGGCCAGAUUUAUUUAUCGAGGGAAACGCAGCAGCUGAGAACUCGUCAUUACGAGACGGUCAGGGCUUCUCUGAUUCGCUUCUCGUUUCGUAUUCUACGGAUGUACAAGUGGACAUUGUCGAGCUCACCCUACGUGCCUUAAGUAUGUAUCGACGACAGUGUCAACCCCAUCUCAGAAGGAAGUCUGUACUGCUGCUCAUGAGCGGAGCGACCACUAUGAAAUCUGGAAGACGAUGCCAGAAGCAGUGCUGAUGAGACCAGGGGGAUCGCGGUGGCCACAUACUCGUUCUCAGCGAAGUGUCGAUGGAAAAGAAGAGCGGUUCCAUCUGGCUAUCUUCGAUUCGUCAUCUUCGAGACGUGAUUACAAGCGUCCGGAGUUCAGAUGAGAGUUUGAAGACCGACGGUUCAAAUCACGCGCAGGUUCCAGAAGAGGGUUCCGACGCACGUGCAACUGAGACGACAUCUAUGUUCGCCAAUCGCAUCAAUGACGAACUGUUUGUGCUGUACGCACCAUCGGAUGGACUGCCUCACAACAUGGAGAUAGUAUUUGUGCACGACCUAUAUACCCAAGGCUCUAGAGAUGCGUGGAGGACGACAUGGACCAACGACGAUGGCACAUGCUGGCCGAGAGAAUUCUUGGGAAAAAAGUUCCCGAGAUCUCGUAUCUUAGCGGUGUCUUAUGAUGCUUGUGUAAUUACGAAUAGUACCCAGGGCCGAAUGGACUCCUUGUCCAUUGUUGCAGAAAAUCUGAUGGUCAACUUUUUCCUUAGAAGUAGCAAUGUUGGGCAGACAAACAACUGCCCAGUUGUCUUCGUCGGGCAUGGUCUGGGCUGCUUCGUCAUUAAGAAUCUAAUGCUCAAAGCGUGUGAGCACUACAAGGAGAACAACGACGAAAGGAGGAAAUUGUUAGAAAAUGUACGUGGCUUUGUGUUCUAUUCUCCUUUCAACUCCGGAGUCCAAUGGGAUCUCUAUGCGAAUGAGUCUGGUCAAAGUAACUCACUAACGGACUCCUUAAGACCACACAAUGCGGAACUGAGUCGACUCAACGAAGCUUUCGCAAGCCUUCGACGCCGUAUGCAGGAGAGGCGGAACUCAAGGAAUUUGUGGACGGUGUUGACAAUCUGCGAGUCACAUGAAACAGCAUCAAGCAGCCGUGGCCGCUCGCAAAGAUCAGGAACCUUUGUUACAGAGGCAACGGCCAGAUUCGAUUGCGAACAAUUCCGAUUUGGAGUUGGUGACCAUUUCGGAGUCUGCAAACAUCAGUCAACAGGAGACGUUGGAUAUCAAUGCGUCGAAAAUUGGCUGGAUUCUAUCCUGAAGAGUCAAAGAAAGCCUACUCCCUAUUCCAUGCCCAAAUUUCUUCCCCGCGAGCCGUUCAUGGACCCUUCUACUGACAAACUCCCUUCCUACAAUUCCGGAGAAUCCGUUCUCAAGUUUUUGUCAGACAUUGAUACAGGACAGGACUAUGAAGCAGCCGUUCUAAAGUUUUUUCCAGACAUUGAUUCACCAAAAGAACAGGCGUAUGAAGCAGCCCUUCUCAAGCUUUUUUCAGACUUUGAUUCACAAAAAGAACAGGAGUACAAAAAAUAUUUCCGCUGACCGGUUUCAACGUGGACACACCUCGAUUAGGGUGACAAAGGACUACUAUACAAGGCGCACACCCCUCCGGCAAGCACAGAAUGUGAACCCAAUAACGACUUUCCUUGUCAUCCAGGGAGAAGCUAUCAUGGUCGAGGGCCAUUGCUAUGCUUGUAAUGUUGUACCAAUCGCUUUGUUUAAGAUUCGUGGGAUGAGGCUAGGGUGUCAAAUUGUCUAGGAAUGAUGUAAAUAUAUCCUGCAGUGAAAUGCAGGUGCGAGUCAGAGGGUAGUGUUUUGAAGAACUAGCCGGUCGCAUGUAUCGAUGGCAAUAAAAAUAAAUCUAUCUUUAUACAG